CACCGAAGUGCUACAAGUCGCCACUCCCACAAGGCGGCUGUGUGUGCGCAAGUGCGCUCACGCCUAGUCGCGCCGCCAGUCUCGCGAGAUGAGCAUUGUAUUGUUGGGAUUGUAGGGAAAAGAGCUUGCAGGUACUCUAGCAACCGGCCUCCCUCCCGAAGUCUGCAGCUCACUGACAGCAGGGGGGCCGAUAACCCAAGUAAACAAGACCCUAGAAACCAGAUAGCUGAUGAAAUUCCAAACUGAAGAGCUGAUGAACAAAAAUCUAAAUAACUGAAAAACCACAAAAAAUGAAAACAAAUUGCAAUUUUUUUCGGAAUAUCGGCGUGUCUACAUCAUACUAAAAGUUAAGGAGUCAUGGCCCGUUUCCAGAUGCCUGACUUACCAGUCCUAAAUGAGUCUUCUGACCACAGAGAAGCUAUCAAGCACUUUAUUACUGCAGUGGAGUCAAUGUGUACAGAGUUUGCCAAAAUCAAGGCAGAAGUAGCAUGUAUCGCUGUGUACGAUCAUGAAACGCUAAUAGCUGGCAGUGAAAAAGGAAGAUCCUUUUUAGAUGCAAGAAAGGAUUUCCAGAAAGCCUUUAUUCAGUACUGCAAGUUGGAGGAAGAGAACACCCCACAACAUCAUGUCAUUAUAAGUUCUAAGGCAGCAACAGACUGUGCAGAAAUAGAAUCUCUCCAAAAGUCUGUGGAGGACUUGUUUUGUAUUUGCUAUGGCAAAGCUUUAGGAAAAUCAACCCCAGUGCCUGUGCCAUAUGACAAGAUGGUAAGAGACCCAACUGCAGUCUCAGUAACUGGACUUCCCAAGGAUGUAUUUGUUAAAGAUCCAUCUAACUAUGACCUUGAGACUGUAACCCAGAUAUUACACAACAGAUCGCAAGUGUCAUUCUCUAUUAAAAGACCUUUUCUUGAUAGGAGGAAAUCGGAUGAGGAUGCGGUUACAGAUUAUAAUGAUGCCUCUGUCUCUGAGAGCUACAAUACUGUGCAAGUGAAAACUGAGCCCAGUGAAGAUUCUGAAAGUUCACUUGAGUUGACCACUGUCACUAUAAAGGAAGAAAUUGACGAUCAAGACUACUAUCAGUUUAAUUUCCAAGGUUGUGGAUAUGGUGAAGAGUCCAAUGAAGCAACUGAAGUGGAGCAAAGAGAAGAUUCAGCUCUGCAAGUACCUUCUGAAACAAGUGAGGACCCAGAAGUUGAGGUCACUAUAGAAGAUGAUGAGUACAUUCCACCUAAUAAGAAGCCAAAGAGCACAGAAAUUGUCAAUGAACCACUUCAAUUUAAACGAAAAACCCGGGAGUUUAACUUUGAAAAGUGGAAUGCUAGAAUUACAGAGUUAAGAAAGCAAGUGGAAGAAUUAUUUGAGAAAAAAUAUGCUCAAGCUAUUAAUGUGACUGGUCCUGUCGCAAUCCCAUAUCACCUUUUUCAGUCCAAUACUGAAGAUCUGUAUGUUGAAGGUUUACCAGAAGGAAUUCCAUUCAGAAGGCCUUCAACCUAUGGAAUUCCACGCCUCGAAAGGAUAUUGCUAGCAAGGGAAAGGAUACGAUUUGUCAUUAAAAAGCAUGAUUUGCUAAAUGCAAGAGAUGUUAUGCCGCUUGAAAAGCCCAACACAGGAGUGAAAGAAGAAUGGUAUGCUAGAAUAACGAAAUUAAGAAAAAUCGUUGAUCAGUUGUUCAGUAAAAAAUUUGCUGAGGCCUUAGGCAAAACAGAGGCUAUGUCUGUGCCAUACCAGAAAUUUGAAGCAAACCCUGCUGAAAUGUAUGUGGAAGGGUUGCCUGAUAAUAUUCCAUUCCGUAGCCCUUCCUGGUAUGGAAUUCCAAGACUGGAAAAGAUAAUUCAGGUUGGCAACAGGAUCAAAUUUGUGAUUAAAAAACCAGAAUUGCUGACUCAGUCUGUAGCUGAAUCAAUGCAAAACAGAACAAAUUCAGGAGUGAAAGAAGACUGGAAUGUGAGGAUUACUAAAUUAAGAAAGCAGGUAGAGGAGAUCUUCAAUACAAAAUUUGCACAAGCACUGGGACUUCCUGAAGCAGUAAAAGUCCCUUAUCCAGUAUUUGAGUCUAACCCAGAGUUCCUGUAUGUCGAAGGAUUGCCUGAAGGAAUUCCCUUCCGGAGCCCCACAUGGUUUGGGAUACCUCGGCUAGAGAGAAUUGUUCGAGGAAGUGCGAAAAUUAAAUUUAUAGUUAAGAAACCUCAGCUGGUUGCAACACACAUUCCUUCUGAAUUGGUCAACAAAAUAAAUAUUGAUGUGUCACAAUCUACAGAGAGCGGAAGCAAUCCAGCAAGUAAGCCACCCGAGGCAGCAGUUGAUGUUGAUACCUCAAAAUCAUGCAUACGGACGACUCCUGCCCAGACUAAUGGUUCCAGUAUGCCUUUCAAACCCCGGGGAAGAGAAUUUUCUUUUGAGGCGUGGAAUGCCAAAAUUACAGACUUGAAACAAAAAGUAGAAGCCCUGUUUGAUGAGAAAUGUGGGGAGGCACUUGGUCUUAAUGAACCCUAUAAGGUUCCUUUUGCAUUGUUUGAAUCAUACCCAGAAGAUUUCUACGUGGAAGGGCUUCCUGAGGGUGUUCCCUUCCGCCGGCCGUCCACAUUUGGUAUCCCUAGACUUGAGAAGAUUCUCAGAAACAGGGCAAAAAUUAAAUUUGUUAUUAAAAAACCUGAAAUGAUUGAAAACACUGCCAAAGAACAGCCUCCAAACUUUGCACCAAAAAAGGCAGGAAUUCAGAACAAUGCACAUACAGCUUCUGGACUUGAAGAUCUGAAUAUAAUCCAAGUGACAAUACCAGAUGCAGACAAUGAAAAAAACGUUAAAGUAGACAAAGCCCGACAGCUGAGGGAGCAAGUCAAUGAACUGUUCAGUAAGAAGUUCGGAGAAGCCAUUGGCAUGAACUUUCCAGUAAAAGUCCCUUACAGGAAAAUUACAACUAACCCAGGAUGUGUGGUAGUUGAUGGAAUGCCUCCUGGAGUUUCAUUCAAAGCCCCCAGUUACCUUGAAAUGAGUUCUAUGCGUAGGAUUCUGGAUUCAGCUGAAUUUAUUAAGUUUACAGUUAUAAGGCCUUUUCCAGGGCUGGUUCUUAACAACCAAGAAAGUGAAUCCGGACAGUCAGCAGAAAAUGCUGACAGAAGUCAAACAGAUGAAGCUGCAGAAGAAGGAUCAAAAGACACACAAGACUUAAGUCUUAUAAAACAAGAACCAGAUCCCACGUGGUAACCAUCAGUAAGCAUCCGCUAAAAACAUGAUUGUGGAGAGGAACCCCUGGAAUGUGUAAUAUAACUGAAAAAAACAAAGUGCUUUCAAAAAGGACCAUUUCAUCAUCUUCUAUAUUUUUUUUUAUUUAGAUAGAAAUGAUGUACAUUUUUUCUCUGCAGGUCUUUGAAAUGGAUAAUAAAGGACUGUGGUGAAAUAAAGUUCACCAUCUGGAUGGGAAAGUUUCAUUUGCUGGCUAAAAAUCAUCACUAUCAUCAUCUGUUUAUAAUAGCACCUUUUCAGUUGUUCUAUGUUUUUUUCUUUGUAUGGCUCACGAUGAAGAAAAUCUUCCAAGGAAGCCUUGAUAGUGGGAGACAGACAUAUAAACUGCUGGUGUAGUGCUCACCUGGUUUUCAAAUAGACUAUUUUUCCUAAGUGUGGUUUAUGACCAUUUUUCCCAUUUAGAACACUGCAUGUCUUUUCUUCCAUGACUUGGAAAUGAUCCCAACAUUUAUGCAGUUUGAGUUUCAGUCCAGAAUGCAUUGAAUGGCCUUUGAGAUAAAAAAAUAUCUGAUCCAGAAACAUGAAAGACUGUUUGCCUUCAUCGCUGGGAAUCUACUCGGCUCUAUCUCUCUUGUCCUACACUACAUACCAAUAAACUGGCUGUUUUUUUAA